AACACAGAACCACCCCAAUAAAGGCACGUCUCCCACAAGGACACCUCACACCGCCUAUAUAACUAAACCCAAAUCUACUUUCAUUAUUUCAGACAAAACCAUCUCUAGAAGUCCCCAAACAGUGAUCUGGAACCGAUAAUUUCACCGUAUAUCCCCAAAUGGGUUUACAAAUAAGAGCUCUCUACCUUCCAUGUCUUAACCUGCCGCUGAUCACAAUUCUUGGGAUUUUUGUGUUAGUUACCGGUGCUGCAGAUUACACAAAUUUGGUUUUCAAAGGUUGUGCACAACAAAAAUUCCAAGACCCAUCUGGGAUCUACUCUCAAAACCUCAAAAACCUCAUGGAGUCUUUAGUUUCUCAAUCGUCACAGAAAAGUUUCUCCACAACAACUUCUGGGGAUGGCCAAAAUGCCAUAGUUGGUCUAUACCAAUGCAGAGGCGAUCUCACAACACCACAAUGCUACACAUGUGUCAGCAAAAUCCCAGACAUGGUUAAAAAACUCUGUGGCCAAGUCAUAGCAGCCAGGGUUCAGCUAAAUGGGUGUUAUCUUAAGUAUGAGAUUUCGGGUUUUAAGCAGGUCUCUGAGACUGAGUUGCUAUUCAAGGUUUGUGGGUCAACUCAGGCUACUGGGACUGGGUUUGAGGGGAUGAGGACUGCUGCCUUUGAUUCUAUGGUGAAUGGUUUAAAAAAUGGUUUUUACACUGGGAAUAACCAGACGGUCUUUGUUUUGGGCCAAUGUGAAGGUGAUUUGUCAAGUGAUGAUUGUGGAAAUUGUGUGAAAAGUGCUGUAGAGAGUGUGAAAACUCAGUGUGGUGAUUCAGUUUCUGGGCAAGUAUAUCUCCUCAAGUGCUUUAUUAGCUAUAGCUACUACCCAAAUGGAGUGCCCACCAUUGAUUCAGGAUCAGGUAAAGAUUAAGGAGGGGGGAUGAAUGAGACAGGAGAUUUUUUUUUUUUUGACUGCUGGGAUGGUCAAUGUUUCAGGGGUUUUCUCUGUUCUUGUUGUUUUUUAGUUAAAGAACAAGGCAGGGAGUUGGGAUUUUUGUGAUAUGAUUAGGUCAAAGUUAUAAUCAAGUUGGAUGUGGAUUGCAGAGGUAGUAGGGACAAAGCAGCACACAUCGAGGACAGUGGCCAUUGCAGUCGGAGGAAUAGCAGCUUUCCUGUUUCUAAUUGUGUGUUUGAUGUUUAUAAGGUCGCUCUUCAAGAAGCGUAGGGUUAGUAAACAAUAUGAUGGUUGGAAUUGACUGCUUGCUUCCCCUUUAUACCGCUAAUGAAAAAUGAAAAAGAAAAAGAAAAUCUGAGAACUUAUUAUAAGUUAUUGUACAUGGAAAUUUGUUUGUAUGAUACUGUGCAGAUUACUAGUGAUAUUGAGUUUUCAACUUUCAUGCA